GUCCUCUUGCUACAAUAAUAACUGCUACAGUUGUACAAUACAACAAGAAAGAGGGAUUACAAAAAGAGAGCCAAAACCCUGCUCUUAAUUUCAAACGAAUCCUCCACUGUUCCCUUCACCCUCUCUCUCUCUCUCUCUCCUUGGCAAUGGCUCUCAAGUUAGUGCUACUAGCAGUGGCUCUGCUGGCGGUGUGGUCACCACCCCCGGUGACCGCAACCGUCACCUACGACCACGGGUCCUUCGUCAUCAACGGGCGGAGAAAAAUCCUCAUCUCUGGCUCCAUUCACUACCCCAGGAGCACUCCUGAGAUGUGGCCUGACCUCAUACAGAAGGCUAAAGAUGGAGGCUUGGAUGUAAUUCAGACCUAUGUGUUUUGGAAUGGGCAUGAGCCUUCUCCUGGCCAAUAUUAUUUUGGUGGAAGAUAUGACCUUGUUCGGUUCCUCAAGCUUGUGAAGCAAGCCGGCCUCUAUGCUCACCUCCGCAUUGGGCCUUACGUUUGCGCUGAGUGGAAUUUUGGGGGUUUCCCAGUUUGGUUAAAAUAUGUUCCUGGGAUCAGUUUCAGAACUGACAAUGGCCCUUUCAAGGCUGCAAUGGGGAAGUUUACAGCAAUGAUUGUAUCAAUGAUGAAAGCUGAAGGUCUUUAUGAAUCACAAGGUGGUCCUAUUAUCCUCUCUCAGAUUGAGAAUGAGUAUGGGCCAUUGGAGAGCUACAAUGGAGCCUCAGGGAAAUCAUACUCCUAUUGGGCUGCGAAAAUGGCGGUCGGACUCAAGACUGGAGUCCCAUGGGUUAUGUGCAAGCAAGAUGAUGCUCCAGAUCCAGUUAUUAACUCAUGCAAUGGUUUUUACUGCGAUAAUUUCUCACCAAAUAAGCCUUACAAGCCCAAGAUGUGGACUGAGGCUUGGAGUGGCUGGUUCACUGGUUUUGGUGGUCCAGUCCCUCAUAGACCCGCAGAGGACUUAGCCUUCGCAGUUGCAAGGUUUGUACAGAAAGGUGGAUCUUUCAUUAACUACUAUAUGUACCAUGGAGGAACUAACUUUGGCCGGACAGCUGGUGGUCCUUUCAUCACAACUAGCUAUGACUAUGAUGCUCCAAUUGAUGAAUAUGGUCUACUGAGGCAACCGAAAUGGGGCCAUUUGAGAGACCUGCACAAAGCAAUCAAACUAUGUGAACCAGCUCUGGUUUAUGGCAAUCCAACAGUAACAGCGCUCGGACAUUAUCAAGAGUCUCAUGUCUACAGGUCAAAAUCAUCUUGUGCAGCAUUUCUUGCCAACUUUGAUUCACAAUCUUAUGCAACGGUUGCUUUCAAUGGAAUGCACUACAAUCUUCCUCCUUGGUCCGUUAGCAUCCUUCCUAAUUGUAAAACUACAGUUUUUAACACUGCAAGGGUAGGAUCUCAGUCUGCAACUAUGAAAAUGCAAAGGCUUGGAGGGUUUUCUUGGAAGGCAUACACUGAAAAUACCGAGUCCCUUAGCGAUAAGACAUUCACAAAGGUUGGAUUGUUGGAGCAGUUAAAUACAACAUGGGAUAAUUCGGAUUAUUUGUGGUACACAACAUAUGUCGACAUAGCCAAAGAUGAAGAAUUCCUAAAGAGUGGGCGAUAUCCUUAUCUGACAGUGAUGUCAGCUGGUCAUUCUUUGCACGUGUUCAUCAAUGGGCGAUGGAGCGGGUCGGCACAUGGGGAACUGGAAAAUCCCAAACUGACAUAUACCGGGAAUGCAGAGUUGUGGGAAGGCAGUAAUAAGAUUUCUAUCUUGAGUGUAUCUUGUGGGCUACCGAACGUAGGAAACCAUUUCGAAACUUGGAACACAGGGGUGCUUGGCCCAGUGACGCUAACUGGCCUUAACAAGGGAAAAAGAGAUCUUUCAUGGCAAAAAUGGACUUACCAGAUUGGUUUGCACGGAGAGAAUUUGAAUCUUCAUUCUCUCACUGGAAGUUCCAAUGUCGAGUGGGGAGAAGCAUCUCAAAAGCAGCCAUUAACCUGGUAUAAGACUUUCUUCAAUGCACCAGAAGGGAACGAACCGUUGGCUUUAGAUAUGGGUAGCAUGGGAAAGGGCCAAGUUUGGAUAAAUGGACAGAGUAUCGGUAGAUACUGGCCUGCAUAUAAAGCAUCCGGCUCUUGUGGUGCUUGUGAUUACCGUGGACCCUAUAGUCAUAAUAAGUGCCAAACUAAUUGCGGGGAGGCCUCUCAACAAUGGUAUCAUGUUCCUCGUUCUUGGUUGAGUCCAACGGGGAAUUUUUUGGUUGUGUUGGAAGAAUGGGGAGGUGACCCGAGUGGGAUAUCAAUGGUGAAAAGGUCGGUAGGGAGUGUUUGUGCCAAAGUUGAGGAGUGGCAACCAACAAUGGAGAAUUGGUAUACCAAAGCAUAUGGUAGACCAAAGGUUCAUUUAUCUUGCGAUCGAGGCCAAAAGAUUACUAACAUAAAGUUUGCUAGCUUUGGAACUCCUCAAGGCACUUGUGGGAGCUUCUCGGAGGGUAGAUGUCAUGCACACAAAUCUUAUGAUGCUUUUGAGGAGAAUUGUGUAGGUAAACAAUUUUGCUCGGUAGUUGUUCUUCCUGAAGUCUUUGGAGGAGAUCCUUGCCCGGGAACUAUGAAGAAGAUUGCAGUCGAGGCCGUAUGUGAAUGAUCACUGGCGGUGAUCCACAUACUAUUGGUUGGUAUACAUGUACAUCUCAAUAACACAGUUUAACUUAUGCCUCAAUUAGAAACAAAAACAUUUCCAAAAUUUUUAAGUUAUCAGUGUACAGAGUGGCUGAUAUAAGAAAAAAUGGAGGGGGAAACAUGAGGUAAAGUUUAAAUUGGUUCUUCAUACAUUGUAAUAUCAUUUAUAUGUUGCAUAUGAACAAUUGGAAUGUGUAAGGCUUGAUAUCGGUUUGUUUUAUAUUCUUGUAAGAUACGUAAAUCGUUAUGUCAUAUAUGUAAUAAACUUUUGUGGUUAUCUUUUCUCAA